AUGAUUUAUUUUACGUUGAAAAUAUUUAGAAAACAAACAUCUUUAAAUGAUAAACGAGCUUUUUGGGAACGAUUUGUACAAAUUUUUCAAAAUAAAUCCAAAAAUUUAUCAGAAGAUAAAGGAAAGAAUUUUAAAGAAAAUAUAGAAAAAGAAUUACUACCUGAGAGUGAAGAAAAAAUUACUGCGAUCAACGAAGAAGAAAGUCUUUUAAUUGGCAGCCUCUCCCCUUAUUUAAAUUUUUUUCUUUCACUUUUCCUCUUUCUUUUUUGUAUUGGAAUAUCUGACAAAUCUGUGCCUAAUUCUCUAAUAUUUUGUGGAAUUGCUUUAUUUUUUACUGGAAUUAGUUUUGUUGAAUUAAUGUCUGAUGGAACUUUUAAUUUUUGGGGGUUAGCAACUAUUUUAUUUGCAAAUUUUAUUUCUUUGUAAGUUUUAAAAUUGUUUAAUAAAUUAAUAAAAAAAUAUUUUUUAAAUCUAAAGCAGGGUAGCUCCCCGAGCCUUCGAGGUCGGGAUCGUCAGGGAUCGUUGUUUGUCGGGGUAGAGACUUCGAGGUUCUGGUCGGGGUUUU